GUGACGCAUCCCCCGCACCCCCAGAUGGAGCUGGAGACCCCCCCACUUGUUCCCGAUCCCCCCACCCUGCUCAAGACCUACAAGUGGCGCACGGCAGCACCCAUGGGUGACAGGGCCGGGUCGCCGGGGUCCCGGCGCUGGACGCGGCUGCAGGGCUGGAAACGCUCGUACAGCCACCCCGAGGCCGAUGUCCCCAAGGAGGGGACGGGGACGGGGACAGCGCCGGGGGCACCCAAGGCCGGUGCCCGGCGGUCGCUGUUCCGACGGGCGUUCUCGGCGCCCAACAAGGGGCCGGCGGAGCCGCGGGCACCCGAGGGUGCCAGGAGCACCCUGCACAAGUACCUGCGCUCGGUGGCGCGGAGGAGGGGACAGACGGACAGCGGGGGAGGGGACAAGGGGACAGGCAGCACCCACGGGCCGUCACCCGAUGGCCCCGUGUGGGACGUCACCCACUGCUCCCUGGUGGACGGACACCUGGUGCUGCUGGGCAGGGACGAGGAGACUCUGAGCAGCAACAGGACCCGCACCGACAGCUCCGUGUCCGACAGCACCCGCAGGGACCCCGACCCCGACGAGCGGAGCAACCGCGGUGCCGGGAGAAGCACCGAGAGCGACGCGUCGCCCACCUCCCAAUUCAGCAACGUCAAGGGCUUGCUGUGGAAGAGGCUCCGGGAGCGCAAGGUUCGCGGUGUCGCCAAAGCGGAGCCGGUGGCCAACGAGAGGGUCCCCAGCCGCAGCGGGUCGCGGGAGUCGCUGCUGCCGGCGCCCAGCGCGGCCGAGCUGGACCUGAGCGGCGCCGACGUGGUGGUGCGGCCCGUGCACGGCAGCGUGGUGGGAGAGAGGUUCUGCUUCCAGGUGAUCACAGGCGAGGGCAGCCGCUCCUUCGGCUGCGCGUCCCUGGCCGAGCGCGACCGCUGGAUCGAGAAGCUGCGCCGCACCGCACAGCCCAACAAGGACAACUGUGAGCGGCUGGAGCUGGCGCUGAGCCUCUGGGUGUACGAGGGCCGUGACCUGCCCCCGCGCCGCCGCCUGCGCUGUCACCUCCAGCUGGAUGGGACCCUGUUCGCCCGCACCACGGCCAAGGCGGCCGGCGCCGACGGCGAGCUCUUCUGGGGCGAACUCUUCCAGUUGGCCGCCCUCCCGCCCGCCCGCGCCCUCACGCUCGCCCUGUGCCGCGACGACCACCCCGCUCCCCCGGUGGCCACCGUCACCGUCCCCUUGGCCGAGCUGGCGGCCGCCGGGCAGCCCCUGGAGCGCUGGUACCAGCUGAGCGGUGCCGGCGGCGCCGGAGAGCGGGCACCCUCGGUGCGGGUGCGCGGGCGCUACCGGGAGGUGCGGGUGUUGCCCAUCGUGCGCUACAAGGAGUUGGCCGAGUUCAUCACCUUCCACUACCGGGAGCUGUGUGCCCGGUUGGAACCCGCCAUUGCCCUGCGGCACAAGGAGGAGCUGGCCGGGGCGCUGGUCCACGUCCUGCAGAGCACCGGGAAGGCCAAGGAGUUCCUCAUCGACCUGGGGGUGGCCGAGCUGGACCGCUUCGACGACCGCGAGGCGCUGAUCUUCCGGGAGAACACACUGGCCACCAAGGCCAUCGACGAGUACAUGAAACUGGUGGGGGGCAAGUACCUCCAGGACACACUGGGUGAGGUGGUGGCCCGGCUCUGCACCUCAGGUGAGAGCUGUGAGGUUGAUCCCGGUAAAUGCGCCGGGCUUGACCUCACCGACAACCAGAACAACCUGCGGCAGGUGUGCGAGGAGACCUUCCAGCGCAUCGCCGGCUCCGGAGACUCCUUCCCGGCCGAGCUGGGCGAGAUCUUCGCGGCCUGGCGCCAGGCCUGCGCGGCGCGGGCCAAGGCGGCCAUCGGGCAGCGCCUGGUCUCGGCCUCCCUGUUCCUGCGCUUCCUGUGUCCUGCCAUCAUGUCCCCCAGCCUCUUCGGCCUGGUCCAGGAGUACCCCAGCGAGGCCACCGCCCGGACCCUCACGCUGGUGGCCAAAGUCAUCCAGAACCUGGCCAACUUCACCACGUUUGGCGAGAAGGAGGCCUACAUGGGCUUCAUGAACGAGUUCCUGGAGCACAACUGGGGCGCCAUGACGACCUUCCUGCAGAGCGCGGCCAACCCCGAAGGCAGCGGCCACAUGGCCACCUAUGACGGCUACGUGGACCUGGCCCUGGAGCUCGCCACCCUCCACCUCCUCCUCUGCGACAUCUUCUCCAGCCUGGACCAGGCCACCCAGCAGGAGCUGGAGCCCCUUCCCACCAUCCUCGCGGCCAUCAGGGACGGGACCCCUGUCCCCGUGUCCGUCCGGCUCAGCUCCACCGUGGAGCAAAGCAGCCCGGCCGAGAGCUCUAAACCCGGCUUUGUGCCCCCGCGCGCCCUCAGCAAGCUCAGUCCCCUGGUCAAGAGCCAGUCCCUCACCAGCGUCCGCCGCGCCCGCGCUCGGGACGACACCCCGGAACCCGACCCGUCACCGUCACCGAGCCGGGAACGCCGUCACGUGCAGCGCACCCAGAGCGUCCCGGCGCAGGGCAAGGCCGCGCGGCGCCCGCGCCAGCGGAGCAGCGCCGAGCACGCGGCCGAGCCGCCGGCCGGGGACGAACCGCGGGCCCUCGCCACCCGGGACGCGCCGGGCCGGGGGAAGCUGCGGUCGUCGGCGUCGCUGCCGCGCAAGUCCACGGUGCCGUGGCAGAGGUACGCGGAGGACGUGGCGGUGGGAACGGGGGAGCUGUUCGGCAUCCGACCGCUGGAGAAGCACGGGUGGCUGUUGGAACAGCUGCAGCAGGAGGUGGCGGAGCAGCGGGAGCGGCUGCGGGUGACGGGGACGCGGGUGACGGAGCUGGAGGGGACACAGCGGGGGCUGCGCCAGGAGCAGGGGCAGCACCGGGACCUGCUCCAGCACCUGCGCCUGCAGCUGGAUGAGGCCACCGCGCGGGCCGCACAUCUGGGCGCCAGGCUGACGGCGGCCGAGGGCGCCAGGAGGACGGACCUGGAGCGGCUGAAGAGCAUCGAGGAGAAGAACCGGGAGCUGGAGAGGCGGCUGUCGGCGCUGGAGCGGGAGCUGCGCGGUGUCACCUCCGCGGGUCCCCCGACCAGGACACGUCGCCGGGAGUGGGACGAGAGCGGUGACGAUGCCACCAGCGUGUGACCAGCUGUCCCCAGCGUGUCAUCGUGGCCACCCGGGCUUUCCCGAGGGUGUCGCGUGGGGUGUCCCCUCCCCGGGUAAUAAACAGUGUUGGUGUCACUGU